AUCGAAUUCCGAUAACUCGAGAUGCACUUGCCGAGCGGCCAUUUUUUGUGAUGGUAUUUUGUGAUUUUUUAAUUUAAUCCGAAACGAAGCAAGGAAAUCACUUUCUUGGAAGGCCAGUUCAACGGAAACCCAUCAUGGCAGAGGUGACGGAUUCCCCAAUGACAGCGAAGGAGACUUCCCCGACUGAGGAGGCUCCGCGCGUUGCAGAAAACCUAGAACCAAACACAGCGGCGUUGGUAGCGAAAAGUGCGGGCGACAGUUUGGAAGAGGAGCUGGCGGAACUGAACGGCAAGGACGAGGAGGGCAUUGGUCUGGAUGAACUGAGCUCACUGGAGCAGGAGAUAGCCAAGCUGCACAACAUACGGCCCGUUGAAUCGGCAUCAACUGCAGCGGAUGCCGCCAGCGCCUGCAGUGGCGGUCCAGAUAAUGACUGUCCGGAUGCCCGGGCAGUCGGAGAAGACCUGACGGGUAGCUCUCAGCAGCAAGAGGACCGUCACGAUUUGUCAGGAAAUGGCCAGUCUUCGACAUCCCCACUCGAGGAAGUGGAUCUGAUCGCCCUGCUCAAGGGCACAGACACCAGUCACGAGCAGACGCCGGGCAACGAGAAGUGCGCCUUGGAGAAGGCGCUCUCCGAGCUGGACAGCGUGGAAGUCGACGUCGGCGUCACCAUUGAAGGGGAGGGUCAGUACGAGAUAAUGGAGAUCGACGACGUCGACAGCAACGGCGGAGAGUCUACCGCCAGCAAGGCCAGCCCCAAGUCACCUAAGGUCAAGUCAAGCAAGUCUACUUUAUCCUCCCCCUCUGCUGCCUUUCACAAGCCGAAACUCUCUGCGGAAGAGAUCAGAGCCGUGGCCCUAGAGCAGAUGGCUGGCCUUAAGAGUGCAAAGUCGCGCCGAAAGGAACAGACGCCUGUGAGUGUCGUGGUGAAGCCCAAGGACAUUGUCAGUUCGCUGAACGAGGAUUGGGACGAUUACGAGGACUCCGAGGAAGAAACACCUGCAGUUCCGCCCGCUGCAACCAAAUUGGUUGUGGCUCACAAGCCGCCGCAGGUGCCUGCAAAGAAGCUUCCAUCACCCUGCAAACCCGCCCCGACUUCUACUUCGCCAGGUUUUAGCAAUAAGAUCAGCGGCGUCAAAGUAAUGCUAAAAACGGUGACCCAAAAACAAAUCGAAGCCACAACGGCGAAGGAGAAACCAAAGCCCUCAGUUACAGCAUUACCGGCCGCCAAAGUGAGCGCGGAGCCAGUCACCGCAGGCUGCAAGCGUGUGAUCAAGCGGAAGAUAAUCUGGGACCCGGAUGCCCCCGAGACGCAAAAAUCAUUUGCCCAGUAUGCCAGCAGCUCCAAGGGAGCAGCUACUUCCUCAACAACGGCAUUAGCGUCACCUUCAGCAGCAUCAACACCACCAUCAUCUACAUCCAAGACAGCCAAGCCGUCGGUCAAGAAUGUUUUAACAAUUCAACCGUCAGUAGCAGCAGCACCAUCACCACUAUCUCCUUCUAAGGCAACCAAGAAUGUGAAGAAGGACGCGGCCAUUAAGAAGCCGCGUGCAGCCACACCCACCGUUGGGGCAACAAAGGCUUCCACACCGGUUGGGGCAGCGGAGAGAGGUCCUUCGCCCAUUAAACGGCGUUCGCAGACCCCGAAUUCUGGACUGGCCAACGGAGGUCCCCAGAAGAAGAAAAAGGUGACUGAAAUCGAUCGCCUGAUGGGCGAUGAGGGCGCCGCCAAUAUGAUACAUGCGGUCGAGCACGAGCAGCGCGAGAUGAGCGGUGGGGAGAUAUCUAAUAAGCCGCUGAUGCGAAAACGAGCCAUGACCAUUACGGGAAGGAACCAGACAUCUCGCGCCUCAGCGGAGCCACCGAUUGCGACGCCGAAGAAGGAGACUGCUUCUCACAGUACCCCGAAAUCCGCCAAGCGAACCUCAACUGCGGCUAAUGCAAUUUUCGCCAAGACAACACCCAAGACACCUACUGCCAAGCCGCGUGAUUCGGACUCUUGGGACUACGUGUACAAGCAGCGUGCCAGCGAGGAGUCCAUGAUUAUGCGCCGGCGCUCCAACAGCUCCUUCUCGAGCAACACCUCGGUUAGCCGCCACUCGCUGGACAACAAGCCCGGAGCAGGCGCAUUAUCGGAUGAUGCGGUCGAGGCGUCUGAGGGCUCUGAUCCUUCCUUCAAGUUCCUGAAGCCGGUGGACAAGGCAAACCAAAGAGGCGUCGAAGCGUCGCCCGCGUGUUCUACUUCGCACACACUGGCCAACGAUAUGAAGGCCGUUAACAGUGGCCAUUCCAAGCCAGCAGCCGCCGAGCUGGUGGUCCUGCACAAGGUGGAUAAGGUGGCCCAUUUGAAGAUCCAUACGCACCGCGGCAAAACGGGGCAGACAUAUAGCAGCCAGCUGCUACAGAAGCUGACCGAGACGCUGAGCAGUGUGGCCCGCAGCAGCGAUUUCAACACAGUUCUCCUUACCGUUCAGGGCCAGCAGUUCUGUCAGGGCAUCGAGUGUCAGGAGUUGGUGCAGGGAUCGGCGGAGAAACGCAGGAACAGUGCCAGUCAGCUGAACCAAGCACUCAAAACGUAUCUCCGCACUCUGGCCACAUUCCCCAAGCCAUUGGUGGCGGGCAUUGUUGGUAACCUCACCAAUUUGGGCGUGAUGCAACUCCCACUUGUCGACUAUGUGGUGGCCGCCGAGGAUUGUUCCUUCGAGACCAACUAUGCCAAAUUGGGUCAGCUGCCCGAGGGCUAUGCUCUUUGGCAUGGACACGAAAAAGUGACCAGUCAAGUGCAUUCGCAUUUGCUAUUGUUAGGAGAAAGACUGCUUGCAUCGGAUGUCCUGGGGCCUAAUAGUUUUGUUGACAAGACCUGCAAGGCCCGCAGCGUUGUCGAGGAAGCCCUGACCAUAGCCAAACAUAUAUCCACGACUUCGGCGGAGACAUAUCGCUCGCUGAAAAAGAUAAACCAUUUGGUCAUCAAUGCUGCAAAGUUUCCUCGCUUGGACGAAGAGUUUAAAGUCAUAGCCGAGCAAUGGACGUCGUCCAACUGCUUGGCGAGCAUGAAACGCUACCUUAGCGCCGUUGACUUUUAGAACCCUAGGAAUUAUUGUUAGAUACCAUACACGCGAAAUGGUAGAUAAAUUCAAUUACAAACAAAAUUUGAAAAAUUGCAAACAACAUUUAUAUAGGUAGUUAUAUUCGAUCGCAUCCCUCCCCUAUGUUGUAUUUUUUUUUUAUGAACAAUUUAAAAGAGAACCAACUAGAAUCUGAUUCUUUUCGGAUGUAAAUACAUUUAGGAAGGUCAAAACAAGCGUUUGUCGGGAAUUCACGUGUAAACCUCUGAUGUCUGCAGUACAAAGCAAUUGGUAUCCUGAUAUUCAAACCCUAAACAAAAUUACGAUAACGCCUGGUAGGAUUUUUAACAAAAAUCAGAACGAAAUUUGUAUAAAAAAAAAGAAUUAAAUGAUCCAUUCGGAGCAUAUUAUUUUUAGUUUGUAUUCAGUUAAUGCAAUACUUUAAUGCAAUAUCAUUUUUGAAAUAAAGAAAAAAACAUUGUAAAAAUGACAAAACACUGAGAAAAACA